UCAUCAAUUUCCCUUCUUCCUCCUCCUCCUCAUCCUCCACCGUCCUAACUAAACUUGGUAACGUACGUACGUACUCUCCCGAUAUUUUACCGAUAACUUCCCCUCCCCCAUCUCGUGAGAAUUACUCCUCUCUCUUCCCUAUAUAUUUCGAACCAGCAGAGAGGGACAGAGGAGGAAGACGAAGUCCCUCUGCAGUCCCAGCUUGGAAAUCUGUUUCCAUUUUCAAUGCAGACUUAAUUACCGUUCUGCCACCCCUACCCUCUCAAAGACUCAAACUCUCACUCGAGCUCACACCCACUGCUACAAACCUACACCCAAAUGUAGACAACUCCAAUUAUUUCUACAAAUAAAUAAAUAAAUAAAUAUACUUUGCCAUCAAUCCAAGCAAAAAACAAGAAUUGAAAUUUAACCCCAAGAAGAAGAAGAAGAAGCUCCUCCUUUGCUCCUCAUUAUAAUAAUCCUCCUCUACUUUCUCUCUAACCCAACUCCCUCUCCCUCUCUCUUUCUCCUGUCUCAGUUUCAGAGCUCCUCACAGUCACUCCUCUUCUUCUUCUUGACUUCUUCAGCUCAACCAAACCCAGAAUGGGAAAUUAAAAAACUUGAUCGGGUCCGAUCGUUGCUCCGGUUCGAAUUGGUCUUAGGCGUUUCGGAAAAAAUGCGAGUGAAGGAGAUGCACCCGCUCUGCUGUAUAACGCUGGAGAGCGCCGGCAUCGGCGACCAGUCGCCGGAGGCGUCGUUGCUGUCGAGGACGCGGAGCUUGCCGGCGAGUCUGGCGACGGCUUCGCUCGGAUCUGCCGGCAAUGCCGGACGGCAGACGGGAUCUGAGGCCAGCGUCGCUGGAGUUCUCCACAAGUGGACCAAUUACGGCAAGGGAUGGAGAUCCAGGUGGUUCCUGCUGCGAAACGGCGUCCUCUCCUACGCCAAGAUUCGGCUGCCGGAGAAUCUCAACCUCCUCAACCCAAACGACGACGUUCGCGUCAUCGGCGAGAUCUCGACUCGGACCACGCACCGGCUUUCGAGGAUUGACAGCGGGAGAAUCGGGCGACGGAAGCACCAGAAAACCGUUGGAAUCGUCCACCUCAAGAUUUCAUCCUUCAGAGAAAGCAAGUCGGAUGAUCGGAAGUUUUACAUAUUUACUGCUACAAAGACUCUUCAUUUAAGGACUAAUUCAAAGAGAGACCGGGCGGCUUGGUUGCAAGCUUUGGCGUCAACCCGGAGUCUAUUUCCACUGAGAUCGUUGAAUGAUAAUCUCUCCCUUGUACAAACGGAUUUAUCUAUAUCUACUGAGAGACUAAAGAGCCGCCUACUUGAAGAGGGAACCAGUGAGAACACUGUAAAGGAUUGUGAGCAGAUAAUGCUCUCUGAAUUCUCUCAAUUACAAGGACAGCUCAAGGUUCUGUGCGAAGAACGGUCCAAUUUGUUCGACACAUUAAGACAGUUGGAGGCAGCUAACUUUGAAGCUGAAGCCUCUGGAAUUCACGAUGGUGAAUACCAAUUGACGAAGCAUGAGUUUUCCAGUUUGCGGCAGGGAAAAUAUAGUGAAUGCAGCACAACUGAAUCAUCUGACGAUAUUGAGAAACAGGAGCUCGAGGAAGUGUCAGAUGAAGAUGAAUUGUCAUUUUUUGACACAAAAGAGUAUUUUACUGAACCGAACAUAAGUUGCGGGUCUGUGCAAGUUGUAAAUAACACAAAUAAGAUCAACAAACCUCGAAGUCAAUUUAGUAAUGUUGAGGAGAUGCACACAGAAAAGGAAAUUAAUGAUGUUAGAUAUCCACACAUUGAAAGGAGAAAAGAGCUUCCUGUUCCAGUUGAGAAGGAGAAAGGAGUCAGCCUUUGGUCCAUGAUUAAAGACAAUGUGGGAAAGGAUCUCACUCGAGUUUGUCUCCCUGUGUAUUUUAAUGAGCCAAUAUCAUCUCUUCAGAAGUGUUGUGAGGACAUGGAGUACUCGUACCUUUUGGAUCGGGCAUAUGAGUAUGGAAAAAUGGGGAAUAGUCUCCAAAGGAUUCUAAAUGUUGCUGCAUUUGCGGUUUCUGGUUAUGCAUCAUCGGAAGGGCGGCACUGUAAGCCAUUCAAUCCUUUGUUAGGUGAAACUUAUGAAGCCGACUAUCCAGAUAAAGGAAUUCACUUCUUCUCUGAAAAGGUCAGUCACCACCCAACACUCAUUGCUUGCCACUGUGAAGGUAGAGGGUGGAAGUUCUGGGCUGACAGCAAUCUCCGGUCAAAAUUUUGGGGGCGAUCAAUUCAGCUUGACCCUGUUGGAGUUCUAAGCGUGGAGUUUGAUGAUGGCGAAAUUUUCCAGUGGAGCAAGGUCACAACAAAUAUAUAUAAUCUCAUUCUCGGUAAACUUUAUUGUGACCACCAUGGUACAAUGCACAUACGGGGUAAUCGUGAGUAUUCAUGCAAACUGAAGUUCAAAGAGCAAUCCAUUCUUGACCGAAAUCCUCACCAGGUCCAUGGAUUUGUUGAAGAUGUCGUGGGGAAAAAGGUUGCUACACUAUUUGGGAAGUGGGAUGACAGCAUGUAUUAUGUUAAUGGUGAUGUGGGUGGAAAGCCAAAUCCUUCAGAUGCUUCCUUAUUGUGGAAAGGAAGUAAACCCCCUAAUAUCACACGGUACAACUUAACAUCGUUCGCUAUCACACUGAACGAGCUAACACCUGGACUGCAGGAGAAGCUCCCACCCACGGAUUCCAGACUCAGGCCAGACCAGCGGCACCUGGAGAAUGGAGAAUAUGAAAAGGCGAAUGCGGAGAAGCAGCGGUUGGAAAGAAGGCAAAGAAUGUCGAGGAAAUUACAAGAAAAUGGGUGGAAACCCAAAUGGUUUGAGAGAGAAGGUGAAGAUGGACCUUUCCGCUAUGUUGGGGGCUAUUGGGAAUCACGGAAACAGGGUAAAUGGGAUGAGUGCCCAAACAUUUUUGGUGAAUUUGAUGAAGGCCUUGAUACAUUAGAAGGGUCAUAAUUGCAUUCAGGAAAACAAAACGCCUUAGGAUACUUGUCACAGGCAGAGCUGUGCACAUAGAUAGAGCUUGGCGUUUCCGGUUCUGUUGUAUUUGUGAUGGAGCUGAUCCUACCUGGGCAUUCAAACGAAGAAUUAUAUAUCUCUUAACUGUAAGAUGAUGGUUAGAUUGUAGUCUUAUAUAUCCUUGUCAGUAUCAAAACUAUCUAAUCUCUCUGUCAUAUGUUGUAGUCUCUCUCCUCUCUUUGGGUGCUAGCCAUUGGUUCAGCACUUUCAUAUUUAUUUGUACUUUCGUUUUUAGCAAUAAAAAGAAAGAUGUAAUUUCAUCCUCA